GAAACACUCCAAGAGAUACCUAAAUUGUUAUCCUUAGAGAAAUCCAUCCAAUUCUAUAGUUUGUAGGGAAUUAAAAGUACUAUCGAAAAUGGAAAUAUCAUUACAAUAACAUCAUAAGAUUAAUAAGUAGUAAUUGUGUCGUAAAAUACCUUCUCCUAUCCCAAUAAAUAUUAAUUUACCAUUUAAGUUGAACAAUAUGAUACUAGUUAAAAUUAAUAAUUGCAAGUUGGAUUUGCUCAUCAUUCUAAAUUAAUGAAUUACAACUAUUUCUAUAGAUAGAAUUGUAGUGCCUAUUUCGGGUUGAGUAACACAGGUAGAAUCAAUUUCUCUGUUUAGAAACCAGAGGGAAAGAUCAUAGGAGAAUCUGUGAGAUUAGCCUUAAAAGAGAAAAGACCUGCUCAUAUUACAAUAUCAUUAGAUAUUUAGAAUAAAUAAUGUUUAUUACAAUAUGAAGACAUUAAGAUUGAAUACAGUAAAAAGAAGUGCUCAAAGUUGGGAUUUGGCGGAGAGACAGGUGCUGAAUAGUUCUUUUAGAAGAAUAAGAAAUUUGUAUUGUUUUUUAUUGGAAAUUUGGCAGAUAUGAAAUGUAAGGUGAUUUGA